AUGAGAAACUUCGUUACCGUCGCAGCUUUUGCUGCCGGUGCCAACGCCCUUGUGGGUAGAGGCAACAGCUGCUGCUUCCACCUGAAGUCUUCUGGUGGUGCUUCUGGAUCUAUUGGUCAGCUCGAUGACGGACAGAACCGUGUCUACGGUGAUCUCGAGCAGGCUCAGUUCUGCAUCGAUUCCACCGGUGCCGUCACCGAUGCCAACGGCCGCGGAUGCAUCGUGACCAGCCCUACUACCCAAUGGCAAUGUGAUGAGGGUGCUUCCCCUACCACUGGCUUCUCUAUCAACUCGGAGGGUCAGCUCUCGUACCAAGGAGACAGCGAGUUCGUUGCCUGCAAGACCGGCCAGAACGGCGGAAUGAACAUCUACACCAGCGAGAGCAAAGACGCCACUGGCUGUGUGGACGUCAAGUUGACCGCUGACUCUUGCUCCGGCUCUGGCUCCGGUGGAUCCGGCUCGGCCUCUGUCCCUGCUCCUUCGUCGACUCCCGUCGUCGGAUCCAGCAGCAUUCCUGUGCCUCCUCAGCCUUCGUCGAGCGCUCCUGUUCCUCCCUAUGUCCCCGGUCCUUCAGGCGGCGCUUCUGUGCCCCCCAACGUGCCUGGCACUGGACCCAGCGCUUCCGCGCCCCCCGCGGAGCAGACUACCACUAUCCACACGACGGUGACCGCAACUGUUUGCCCGACUAACUCGGCAACCCUGCCCGGUGGCCCUGGAGUUCCCGGUACUCCCGGUGUUCCCGGUGUUCCUGGCACCACUGGCGUCCCUGGUACCCCUGGCGUUCCUGGUGUCCCUGGUACUACUGGCGUUCCCGGUGUCCCUGGCACUACUGGUGUCCCUGGCACUCCCGGUGUCCCCGGCGUUCCUGGUGUCCCUGGUACUCCUGGUGUCCCCGGUACUCCUGGUCUUCCCGGUACUCCUGGUGUUCCCGGUGUCCCUGGCACUUCGGGCGUUCCUGGCACUCCUGGUGUCCCCGGUACUCCUGGCGUUCCCGGUACUCCCGGUGUUCCUGGCACCCCUACCGGCGCUCAGCCAUCUGAGACCGCCUCCUACACUCAACCGGCUCAGUCCCCUAGCACUCAGCAAACCGAGACCGCAACCGAAUCCCAGCCCACCGCGACUGGCUCUCAGCCGUCCGGAACUGGCGCCCAGCCCACGGGAACCGGAUCUCAGCCCUCGGGAACUGGUACUCAGCCAUCUGAGACCGGCGCUCAACCUUCUGGCACCCAGUCCUCUGGUGGCAGCUGCCCUACGGACCUCUCCGGCGACUAUGAAUAUCCUCACUUGAUCAUCCCCGUCGACUCGUCUUCUCCGGAUAACGCCGCCGGUACCUCGUACAACGGCACCGUCUCGAAGUCCGUCUCCACCAUCUUCAACUUCGACAUCCCCUCGGAGGAUUCUGGAAAGACUUGCAGCCUCGUCUUCCUCUUCCCCAAGAAGGAGGACCUCGAGACUUCUUCCUACAGCUUCAGCGGAGACGGCAAGGUCGAUUUCGCCUCCCUCGAGUCGGUCGCCGACGAAUCGACCUCCUACAGCAACGCCCCUGGAGUCAAGGAGGACUUGGGUCAAUUCACCAUCUCGCCCGGCAACUCCUACACCGUUUCCACCUUCGAUUGCCCUGCCGGUGAGGCUGUCAGCUACGAGAUGAAGAACUCCGGCAGCACCGAGCUGGACUUCUUCGAGGACUACAACCCCUCUCCUCUUGGUCUGUACAUCACCGUCUGCUAA